GAAUCAUUCUAGAUACUCUAGAGCUGGUAAAAUGCAAAGGAAAUUGGUCUUGGGCUUGAUAAUAUGCUUCAUCAACUUAGUUCAAACUAUGAAUACACCACUCGUUCCGCGUGGUCCACGACCUAGCACGACUGCUCAACAAAAGUCAUCUUCAUGUUCAGAGACAAAAUGGGCAAUCUGCACUGACAGUGACUGGGGUCCCAAAUGUCCAUCUGGAUGCCGAAUGCAAGGACUAAUAGAUGUUAAAAACCAACAAAAUGAUGAGCAGAUAAAAGACAUCCGUCAGAUGUUGGAUGAUUAUUCCAAAAUGUUUGGGAGCACUCACAUUACAGUGACUGAAGCCAUCAAUAGAAUCAAACAGUCUUUGGAUGGACUAGGAAAAUUUGGUGAUACAUACUAUCAGCAAGUAAAUCAACUGAAUUCCAGACUUAUCAUUUUGCAGACCAAAAUCAAUGAACAAAUUUAUAAAAUAAAUGUACUGCGACAAAGUAUUUUGGAACAAUACAAAGACAUUACAAGACUGGAGGUUGACAUCGACAUAAAGAUACGGGCCUGCAGAGGAUCUUGUUCAAAAUCAUUCAUUUACAACAUUAAUAGAGAACGUAAUGCACAAUUGAAAAAAAAUCUUGAACAUUUGAUUUCAUCUGGAAUCAGAAGCUCUGUAUAUGGAAAACCAACACAUGCGUUCAAAAUGCGUCAAUUGAAAGACAAUCCAAACAGCCAUUUUAAAUCUCGUACAACGGAUGAAAAAUAUCCAUUUUUCUGGGAUGCUAUAAGCAUGAGGGAAUAUACCCUAGAAACAAAUAAGGAAGAUUCAAGUGUUAGUGAAACUAAACAUUUAAUAGCUUAUAAUCAAACAGUUAGUGCAACUCCACAUUCAGAUGUGAAAAUACCAACUAGUGCAACUCAUGUAGGUAGCAUAUCACGGGGUGAUGGGCACUUCCAAGAAGGCCAUAUUGAUGAAAGUUCAUAUUUCGGCCACAGCUCCUUUGAUAAAAUGCACUCUUCACAUGAGUCUAUAAUUACUGAAACAACCAUUUCAAAAGAUGGUACAGUUACCAAAACAGUCACAUCAGGUGUGCCUGAUUCCUUCUCAACUUCAUUUCAACAUUUUUUUGACGAGUUAGGAAUACCAUCACAUGCGAAGGGUAAGGGAUCUGCUACUAGCACAUCCAUAAUUCACUUGCCUGAAACUGAAAGGCUUCGAACUUCCCAUACAAAAUCAACAUCUAAGACAGGUGGUAAGGUAACUCACAGAAAGACAGUCACAGUCACUAGCCAAUCAGGUGACUUCUCAAACCUGGGGGACUUCAGUGAUUUUAGUAGUGACCCAAGUGUCGGAAUGGAGGGACUUAGUAGUUCAACAAAAAAAACUACAAUUACUCAGUGGUCCAGUAACAGUAGACCAAAGGGAUUCACAGUUAGCCAUGGCGUGAAUGUGUCCGAUCUUCUCAUUGGUGAAAAUAGAGACCAUCAUGCAAGCGGCCAAAUGAGAUAAAAGCAAGUCAAGACAAUGGAAGACUUCCCAAAGAUUAUCAGCCCUUAUCAACUAUUUUCUCAUUCCUGUUAUUAAUUGAAGAAUCAUUUCAAUAAAGAUAUAAUACAAUUGAU